UGCAAAAAUGCCACAUAUAUAACUUGUGAUUGAUAAAGUUAAAAGAAUUGUCAUGAUGACAAGAAAAAGUGUUCCGGCUGCGGAUGAACUAAGAAGACUGCAAGAACGUGACGGAAAAUCGGAAGGAACCAUACUUAAGUUCAUUCAAAGCGUUGACACCCGCUGGACUUCAACCUAUGACAUGCUGAAAAGGUUUUUAUUAUUGGAAGAUUACGUUUAUCCAGUGACUUCGAAGUGUGCGAAUCCACCACCGAUGUUAAGCCAUGAAGAAUUGGUGAUUUUGAAAGAUAUCGUGAAUUUAAUAAAACCUGUCAUGAUAAUCAUAACCGAAUUGAGCGGGGAUUCCUAUUUAACUUGCAGUAUUAUAGUUCCUGCUGUUGCGGUUAUGAAAAAUGAAAUAAUGCUCUCGAAACCAAAAACCGAGGAUGGAGUUCAAAUCAAAAACCAUUUACUAAAUUCUCUAGAUAAUCAAUUUUAUGAUAUUGAGUCGUAUCCAACAUUAGCAAUUGCAACUAUUCUGGAUCCUGGCUUCAAGAAACUUCAUUUUCAAAGAGCUAUGCAUGCCGCAGAUGCGGUUGAGCACGUUCGUAAACAAAUGAACUCUAGUAUCACUCAGACUUCUACAUCUAUAUCAGUUUCAUCUACUGUAAAUUUUGAAGCCCAAUUAAAUAAAAAUAAUAUUUGGCGCCAUCAUGAUCAGCUUGUUGCCAAAACAAGUGCAGCAACUUAUUCACUGGAUGGUGUGGCGUUUGAGCUGAAACAAUACCUUACGCAGCCUGUCAUUCCAAGAAAUGAAGACCCUUUGAAAUAUCGGCAACUUUUGAAACCUUCCUUCCCAAGUCUUUUCCAAAUUGCGAUGAAGUAUUUUUGUGUAGUAGGAACGUCAGUUCCUUGUGAACGACUUUUCUCUGAAGCUGGAAAUAUAAAAACUGAUGACCGAAAUCGUCUUACUGGGAAGAAUUUAGAUAAGUUACUUUUUUUGAGUAGUUUAACUUCAGAAGAUUGGGGAUAUUGA